GCGAAAAGACCAACAGUUCAUUUGAACUCCUGCAGGAAAAAAAAACACACACAAAAGACCAUCAAUUCCUUUUGUUUGUUCUGCUCAGUGCGCGAGGGCACUCCGAUCACCGGAUAAAUGGUUCCGGUGGCCGGACCUUACACAGAAAAGCCCACAAAUUCCCUCUAAUUUUCGGGAAAUACCAAGCUUAAUGGAUUCUCAGGAGGUCUCUGAGAAGGGUAACAUGGCGUAUUUAAUACUGCGGUGGUCUCUGGCUCUCGUUUUACCUAUCGUUGCUAUCUUUGCACUAUCACUUUUCGUCGGCUUCGUAGCCAUUUUCGUCGCCAAUUCCUCAGUUCCUAGCCCAAUUUCCGUGUCCUCUCAGUGCAGGAUCGUCUCCAGCAGUGUUGAUCUUAAGUCAUCUAAGGUGUGUGAGCUUGGACUGUUCAAUUACAAAGCCAAGCAUGUGUUUUAUCCUUUUGAAGGAAGAAGAUUUCGAUGUCGUUAUGAUUACUAUUGGGCUUCAGUUUUUAAGGUGGAAUACAAAGAUCAGUCUUCUGGUCAGACUCAGCUUGCAUUGGCUGAGGCUCCAAAUGAGGCCCUUCCUCUUGAUUGCAGACCUAAUUUUGGUGCUGCAUGGUUGACCAAAGAUAAGUUCAAGGUCAAUGAAACUUAUGACUGUUGGUACACAUAUGGCAUUUCCAAAGUAAGCUUAUAUCAUGAUGGUUUCUUCAGUUGCCAAGCUAAAGAUCCGUCUACCUUUGAGAUGAUUAGAAGAUAUUUCAUCCUUGCGACGAAGAUUUUACACUCCUGGUUUGUCGGCCAGGAACGAGCUGGGUUUUGGAGGUGGGAAACCAUAGCUGGAGUUAUUGCUGGUUUUUCGACUUCAUUAAUCUCCAUAAGCUUUAUUAGCCUCCUGCAACAAAUGAAAUCUCGGUUGCCUCAACUUUUUGCUGCAAGAGUGCUUCCUCUCUAUAUGAUCCGCUUCAGGCGCACUUGUUUUCUUGUGGCAUACAUCUCUUUUAUGAGUUGGCUGGCUAUCCAGUAUGGGAAAAGGCUUGGCCUCCUGGAGAUCAUCACUCUUCUUAAGAAGUAGGGGCAGCACUCUUUUUUGGAAGUGCAAAUUCCUUUUUGUUUCCAUGGGAUGCUGCAAAUUUGGAGUUGCGGCAAGCAAAUGUAUCAUUCCCUGUACAAUGAUAUACAACAGUGGAUACCAAAUGCACUUAAUCAUCUUGUUGAAUAGAAUAUAUUGAGCAGAGACAGAAACUGUAUAGGAAACUUACCCCAGUUGAAACAUCAGUAAUCUUAAUAUGUGAUGUGUAAAAGUAUCUUUGAAAAUGUAAUCUAUUUUUCAGUAGCGAA